AUGGUUAUUUUUUAUCUUCUUCUAUUGAAUAUUUGUUCAAUUAUUGCUAAUAAUUCGUUCGAUUUUCGUUUUGUUUCAUAUAAUGAAUUAUUACAAAAUGGACAAAUCUAUCAAAAUGAUGAUCAUGCGUUCGAUGCAAUUACAAUAGAUCAACAAAGAGAUCAGAUUAUUAUUGGAGCAAAAAAUGCAAUAAUUCGUUUAUCACUUGGCGAUUUUCAUUUAUUAGAAAGAUAUAAAUGGGAAACAUCAACAAAUGAAAAAAUUAUAUGUCAUAAUCAAAUUCAAUCAUUUAAUGAAUGUGAAAAUUAUAUUCGUGUAUUAGCUCUUCGUUCUUAUGAUCAAUCAUUACUUAUUUGUGGAACAAAUUCAUAUCAUCCAAUUUGUAUAUGGCGUCGUCCAGAUUCACUUUCAACAAUUAUUUCAAAUAAUGAAAAGUUUAUUUCUGGUAAUGGAAAAUCUCCAUAUAAUAGUCAAUAUUCAUCUGCAUAUCAUCUUAUUGAUACUGAAUUGUAUUCCGCAACAAUAAGUGAACCAGUAUUUGGUGUUAAUGAUCCAUUAAUACAAAGAAGUUUUAGUCACACAAAACAAUUACGAACACAACAACAUGAUUCAAAUUGGUUAAAAAAUCCAUAUUUCGUUCGAAUAUUAAAUAUUGAUCCAUAUGUAUAUACAUUUUUUCGUGAAAUAUCACUUGAACAUCUAUCAUGUGGAAUGAAUGUUUAUUCUCGUGUUGCACGGGUAUGUAAAUAUGAUCAUGGUACAAUGACAUUUAGUGAUACAUUUCGUUCAUAUUCAAAAUUACGUUUAUUAUGUUCAAAAAAAUUAUUAAAUGAAAAAACUUCAUUUGAUUUUAAUGAAUUACAAUCAAUUUAUUUUUAUUCUUCGUUAAAUUUAAUUUAUGGAGCAUUUAAUUUACCUAAAAGUGGUUUAAUUGGAUCAGCUAUUUGUAUUUAUACAAUUGAUCAACUUGAAAGUGUUUUUAAAUCUUCAUUUCUUACACAAAAAUCAAAUGAAUCAUAUUGGAUAUCAUCUUCAACAGAACAAGAAAUGGAAAAAUGUGAACCAAAUUCAUCAAAUGAUAUAUCAUCAAUUGCAUCAGGACGUGUACUUCGAUCAGGUGUUCUACAAUCAUCAUUUGAUGCUCUUAUAUUAGAUGAUAUUCGUAUUGGUCAUUUAUUAGUUGAUCAUUUUUAUGAUGUAACUGUUUUCUUUAUUAUUACUUUGGAUGGUUUAUGGUUAAGAAAAUAUUCCUUAAUAACCAAUGAAAAUGAUAAAAAAUUAUGUUUAAUUGAACAAAUUGAAUUAAAACCAUCGAUGAUUUCAUCAAAUGAUUGGAAAGUGAAUAAAGCAGAGUUUAUUUCAAAAACGAAAGAAAUAAUCAUAACAACAUCUAUAUCCGUAUUAAAAAUAUCUGUUGCACGUUGUGAUCGAUUUAAUACUAGUCAUUUGUGUACUGCUUCUAUGGAUCCAUAUUGUAUAUGGGAUAAUUAUUAUCAGCGAUGCAAUUUUUCUAGAAUUUCAUCAUGGAAAAUUUCGCGUCAAUUAUUAACAUGUCCAAUUCUUAAUGUAACAAUUGAUGGUGGUUGGACAUCUUGGUCAUCAUGGUUUAUGUGUCAACAAGAAACAGGUGAGAAAUGUCAAUGUCGUACACGAUCAUGCACACAACCAAAACCUCAAUUUGAUGGAGAAUUCUGUCAAGGAAAUUAUAUUGAAAUAAGUCAAUGUGAAGUUCAUGGUGACUGGUCUCCAUGGAGUACUUGGAGUAUAUGUUCACAAACAUGUGGAAAAAAAUUUCGAUCAAGAACACGAACUUGUACAAAUCCUAAACCAAAAAAUAACGGUAGAAUAUGUAUUGGAUCUGAACGUGAAGAAGAAUCAUGUCCGGAAAUAAUUUGUUCAAGUGAAACUUCAAGAUUAAGUAAUUGGAGCGAAUGGGAUAUUUGUUCAAAAUCAUGUGGUGGUGGAAUACAAAAACGAAGACGAACGUGUUCAAGUAAUGGUGAAAAAUGUAAUGAAUGCUUAGAUGAAAUACGUUUAUGUAAUGAAUUACCUUGUCCAAUUCAACCAGUGACAAUGUGGACUAAUUGGACACGUAUUGUACUACAGAAAGAUCGAUUGAAUAGUGAUGAUAUGAUAACAGAAACACGUUCUCGCUUUGUUUGUACACUAUCUUCGUCAUCUGAUCAACAACGAUUAGAAAUAGAUUCAGAUAAAGUUAUUUAUAGAGUGUGUAAUAAUAAAGGAUAUGAUUGUCAACAAACAGGUAACUUUUUAAUAUUAAGACGUGUCCGAAUUCUAUGA